AUGGGCAUCCAUGCUGUUAGCGUCAUGCUAGAGGCUCUCAAUAGAGAUGCCCAACAUGCUACUAUCGCCAAGUUCAUUCAAAAUGAACUUGACGCUGAACGCGAGAAAGCAGCCUUGCUUCACCAACAAGGUUCUCAACAAGCAGAGUUGUUGAGAGAACAGGAUGAUCAACAGUUUGAACUGUUGAGACAGCAGCAGGCUGCUGCUGGUGGGUCGAUGCACUCGCGUCGACCCGAAACCUCGAAGAUUGACAUCUCAAAGUAUAGGGGGGUCGAAGAAGACUCCCUCUUGAGAUGGUUCGUCGAAUUGGAUGACGCCAUAAGGGCGCGUCGCAUCGACGACGUGGAUAUGCAAGUUGCAUUUGCCCAGUCAAAUCUGGCAAGACGUGCCAAGACUUGGGCUUUGGGGCUCAAGUUGCACGACCCAUAUGCGUUUAGGUCGUUGGAGGCUUCAAGUCGCGGCUCAGACAAACAUUUGAACCGCCUAGAGUUGAGUUCAGAGCUCGAACUGAACUCCUGA